CCCACACGAUUUGAUUAGCCUCUGAUAGUAUUUGAGCAUUCCUUUCUUUUCAGAGCAAGAGGCAAAGGCGUGAAGAGAGAGAAAGAAGGCAGCCAUGGCUGAUCAAAGCGUUCAGAUGAAGAUAUCUAUACCAGGAAAAGCUCCUGAAGAAGGGCAAGGCACUUCUGAUCUUGGAACAAGGGUCCCGGCCCAAGACUACGAGAAGCUGAGGAGAGAUUGCAUAAGGAGAGGGAAACUGUUUGAGGACCCUUACUUCCCUGCUAGCGACCAGUCGCUGUUCUACAGUCAGAAAUUCCCCGUUAAAGUGGAAUGGAAGAGACCAAAGGAGAUAGUGUCUGAUCCUCAAAUGUUCACUGGAGGCUCUUCAAGGUUUGAUGUAGUCCAGGGAAUGCUUGGAGACUGUUGGCUUGUGGCAGCCAUUGCCUCUCUCACCCAAGACAAGAAGCUGAUCAAUAAAGUCAUUCCUCAAAACCAAGGUUGGGGUAAGGGCUAUGCUGGUAUCUUUCGCUUCCACUUUUGGCACUUUGGUGAAUGGAUUGACAUUGUCAUUGACGACAGGCUCCCAACCUACAAUGGGAAGCUGAUAUUCAUCCACUCAACUGAUGAAAAUGAGUUCUGGAGUGCUUUGCUUGAGAAAGCAUACGCCAAGCUUUAUGGCGGCUUUGAGGCACUGAAAGGUGGAAAGACAUCCGAGGCCUUGACUGAUUUCACGGGCGGAGUUGUCGAAACGUACGAUUUGAAAAAAUGUGAUGCCACACUUUUUGAUACCAUAACACGAAAUGCCACACGCUCUUGUCUCAUGAGCUGCUCCAUCAAAAUUGAAGGCAGAGAUGAAGUAGAAGCAAAACUGGACAGUGGCCUAAUCAAAGGACACGCCUACUCUGUCACUGGAGCAAAAACUUUGAACAUGAAAGGGAAAGUUAUUAAGUUGCUGAGGAUUCGUAAUCCGUGGGGACAGAAGGAAUGGAACGGAGACUGGAGUGACAAUUCUCCAUCUUGGAAUCAAAUAUCUGCUGACAAGCGUAAGGAGAUCCUCGAAGGAGAGAGUGCUAAGGAGGAUGGAGAGUUCUACAUGAGCUAUGAAGACUUUUUGAAACAUUUCACUGACUUUGAGGUCUGCUCGGUCACCGUCUCUGAGAUGCAGGAAGACGAGAAAAUUAAGAGUUGGAAUUCUAUAAUUAUCAACGGUGAGUGGUCCACAGUAAAAGGGACUGCUGGUGGCUGCCGUAACUACCCCACGUUUGUCAAGAACCCUCAGUACAUUGUCAACCUCACUGAAGACAGCGAUGGGGAUGGGAAAUGCUCUGUGCUCAUCGCUUUGAUGCAGAAACAUCGUCGCAAGCAAAAGAAAAUGGGAGUUCAAGAUCUCUGCAUAGGAUUCUCCAUUUAUAAAAGCCCUGGUGAUGGAUCCCUACUGACCAAGCAAUACGUUGAUUAUAAUUACAGUACUGGUACUUCUGGCUCUUUCACCAAUGCCAGGGAAGUCAUGAAGCGUUUUGAUCUUGAUCCUGGGAAGUACGUUAUUGUCCCAUGUUCAUUUAAACCAGGAGAAGAGGGGGACUUCCUCCUUCGUGUCUUCACUGAGAGUUAUUCUGAAGAGCAGUCUGCAGAUCAAGAGGAUAAACCUGCUACUGAUGCUGAUCCUCGUAUUGCUAAGAUUCGUGGGUUAUUCACACGUAUUGCUGGAGAUGAUGAAGAAGUUGAUUCUGAGGAACUCCAAGAUUUGCUCACUGCCACCAUGAGCAAAGACUUGUCUUCUUCUGUUUUUGGUAUUGAUGCCUGCCGCUCUAUGAUUGCAAUGCUAGACGUUAAUAAAAAUGGAACUCUUAAUUUUGAGGAAUUUCAGACGCUUCUUGAAACCAUUGCCAAGUGGAAGCAAAUGUUUUACAAAUUUGAUCGUGAUCGUUCUGGAACUCUUGAGAAGCCAGAGGUCACUGCUGCAAUCCGCAGUCUCGGUUACAACAUUUCCGGCGAGGGUAUGAAUGUCCUCUUCAAUCGUUUUGCACGUAAAAGGAAGUACAUGUUGAUUGAUGACUUCUCUGCCUGCCUAUCCCGAGUGAAAAUAAUGACAGAUACAUUCAAUCGCAAGUCAAAGAAUGGUAGUAUUCAGUUAAACCUUGAUGAAUACUACAAGAUAACUCUUGAUGCUUGAAAGACUUUGACAAUCUUAUCAUCAUCAACAUUGAUUAAAAUAUAAUUAUUUUUUUUAAUUUCCCCUUUGCUACAUGUACUUCAAAAACUGAUAUAGACAAUCUGAUUUCAUAAUGGUGUUCUCAAUUAGUUUUAUUUUUCUUUUAAAAAAUAAA